CGACCUUAAUUCACCGCGAAGCAAUGCCUCGGCCCUUUCUCCUCGAUCUCCAUUCUUCGUUUCUUCUCGACUCUUCCUUCCGUCUUCGUCCCGGUCUCCUCUCUGUCCCUCCCUUCCGAGCAAUCCCUGCGAGAAUCCAAAAUCGAAAGGACUUUGGAUCGGUCGAAGCUCUCAGCGAGUCUCCCAUGGCGACCAUCGGCCGCAACAAUCUCAGUGCCAAGCUCGUCCUGUUGGGCGAUAUGGGCGCCGGGAAGUCCAGCCUUGUUCUUCGGUUCGUGAAGGGCCAGUUCCUCGAAUUCCAGGAGUCCACGAUCGGGGCAGCUUUCUUCUCGCAGACGCUGGCGGUGAGCGACGCCACGGUGAAGUUUGAGAUUUGGGACACGGCGGGGCAGGAGAGGUACCACAGCUUGGCUCCCAUGUACUACCGCGGUGCUGCUGCUGCCAUCAUCGUGUAUGAUAUCACCAGCACGGAUUCAUUUGAGAGAGCUAAGAAAUGGGUUCUAGAGCUACAGAAACAAGGUAAUCCAAACAUGGUAACUGCUCUUGCGGGAAAUAAAUGUGAUUUGGAAGAUAAAAGGAAGGUGACAACUGAGGAAGCACGCACAUAUGCCGAGGAGAAUGGUCUUUUCUUCAUGGAGACCUCUGCUAAAACAGCCAUUAAUGUGAAUGACUUAUUCUACGAAAUAGCCAGAAAGUUGCCUCGUGCUCCACCAGUUCAGCAGCCAGCAGGGAUGGUUCUUGCAGAUAGGCUGGUUGACCGAUCUCAAGCUUCGGCAUGUUGUUCUUAGGUUUUGGGUCAUCAACUGUCUGAAGGAAAUUAACAGAAUAAUGUCUUUGGAAGUGCAGCAAUGAAGUCAUGAAAUGAGGAAGGGAAGGUUAAAAAAGUAUAUAUAUUUGUAAAUUGUUCCGCUACACCUCCCAUCUGCAUUAGGGAAGAAUGUAUCCUAUUUCCAUCAUCUGUUUCUGGACCCCGCAAAUGAGCAGAAAAUGUCAUGUGUGCUUUUUCAAAGACCUGUAAGUGUUCAGUUUGGUGUAUUCAGUGUUUUGCUUCCUGGAAAUCAACACUUCUACAUUGACAACUAAUGAAGAAUUAUUUUUGCAUAA